AUGUGGAGACGGGCGGCGCCGAGACUACUAGGGCGGCCUACACAAUUUAUCACGCCUCGAAGGGGGAUCAAGCUCAGUGCCCUGGGGGCUGCGGCUAUAAAAGGGUGGGGUCCGUUUAUCAAUAUUAUUGGAGGCGCCUAUAUCGGGGGCCUCAUCGUGUGCUUUGGCCUGUUGUACUUGAUGUACCACGACGCCGACCAGCGCCAGCCGAUUCCGUUUGAGCUCAAGUUCAAUGAUCAAGUCGAAGCCGUGAAAGCGAUUAAUAAGGACGACGUGUGCCACAGCCCCCGCCACGCGGUGAAACACUACCGUAAGCUCUUGAUUGAGUUGGCUAAGGAAAAUGGUGUUGAGUGGCACUAUGAUGAAACUGACCCUACUACCAAAUACGACGUCCCCAUUUUAUCAUCGGACGUGCUUGUUUAUAAGAAACUGGCCAAAUUCGCCAAUUUUUAUGUCGAUAUUGUCCUUCGCUACGCUAAAGCAUUAUUGGCUAAGGGCCAACCGGAAGCGCUGAUCCACAUAUUGGAACAAAUGAUCACUAACGACACUAUCUUCUAUAAGUUAGGUGAUGCUGAACGGCUAUCGCAGUGUGCUCGUUUACUUAGUCGGCUUGAACCGAAACCGGAAGAUAAGCAAGGGGUGCUUGAUCGUGACUUGGAUAUGUUGAUUAAGACCUACGACGGCAUCGACAUCGACCAGUACCGCAUCCAGAGCGAUUCUAAGGUCACUGACGAAGUAUUGGCGUGUCUUAAUGAUAUCGCGUUUACACAAGCCAAACAAGGAGGAAAACACCAUUUGAACACGGCGUUAAACAUCUACAUGGCCAACUUGAAAAAGCUUACAGAGAUUAAGAAUGACAUUGAUAAUCACGUCAAGACGCAGGCGCUGUUUCCUGCGUUUGACUGCGAUAACAAAAACCUUGUCCUCCUCAUAAAUGAAUGUAAGGCACACAUCUCCGAGAUCAUGUGGGCUAAAGGCUACAAAAAGAAUGCCAUUGCGUGGAGUGAAGAUGUGGUUAAUGGCUUAUUCCCCUACCAUAACGCUGAGCCGGAAGUGGCCCCCUUGUUAGUACAAGUGCUCAACAACCUCGACGCCAUGUACGCCAACCUCAAAGAUACCCACUCCCGCAACCGGUGCAAGCAGGCCAAAGACCAGCUUGAAGUGUUUGACACUGACGAUAAAGGGUGGUACGAAAACUUUAUAAACCGGUGGUCACGGAUCAUUUGGUCAAAAGGUCCCCUUGGAAUCAUUGAGAAACCGUUACUGGAACGGUUUGGCCAGCCUCAGCCGUUACCCGAACUCGAAGAAAUUGAACCCGAAGACGACUAA